AUGCAUUUCUCUCAGGCUACCAUCGCGGCCGUUGUCGCUGCUGGCUUCGUCUCUGCCGCUCCCACCAUUGAGAAGCGCGCUGGUAUCACUGAUGCCGACAUUCUCCAGUAUGCCCUGACUCUGGAGCACCUCGAAGACACCUUCUACCGUGAUGGUCUUGCCAAGUACGACGAGGCCGCCUUCAAGAGCGCCGGCUUCGACUCCACCGUCUACAACAACCUCAAGUCCAUUGCCAGCGACGAGGCUGCCCACGUCGACUUCCUGACCAAGGGCCUUACCGCUGCUGGUGCCAAGCCCGUCGCUGCCUGCACCUACGACUUCGGCUACAAGGACGUCAAGUCCUUCCUGGCUACCGCCUCCAUCCUUGAGGGUGUCGGUGUGUCCGCCUACCUCGGCGCCGCCGCCGACAUCAUGUCCAAGACCUACCUCACCGCCGCCGGCUCUAUCCUGACCGUCGAGUCGCGUCACUCCUCCUACAUCCGCGCCAGCCUGGGCCAGAAGCCCUUCCCCCAGCCGUUUGACACUCCCCUUUCCCUCAACGAGGUCUACUCCCUGGCAUCUGGCUUCAUCAAGUCUUGCCCCGACAGCAACGCUGCCCUCCCCGUCAAGGCUUUCCCCGCUGUCGCCGUCUCUGCCGACACCAAGAUGCCCAUCAAGGCUGGUGACACGAUCACCCUCUCCACCCCCGGCUACCAGCUGAAGGGCUCCAGCGCCGACACCAAGAUCUACGCUGCCUUCAUCGCCGUCACUGGCCCUACCUUCGCUGACGCCACCCCCGUCGAUGGCGGCUUCAAGGUCACCAUCCCCGAGGGCUUCGCUGGCCAGACCUACGCUGUCCUGACCAGCUGCAAGGAUGCUGUCAACGACGACACCGUCGCUGCUGGCCCUGCCAUCAUUGAGAUCUCUUCUUAA